CCGGGCGCGCGGGAGAUUUGAACUUUCCUUCCGCGGGAAAGUUAAGUUGCUCGCCGGUUUUGUCGGCGGGCCCUGCAACUACCUGGUCUCGGUAAGGGCUAGAAGGAUGGUGGAAGGACCAGGCUGUACUCUGAAUGGAGAGAAGAUUCGAGCACGAGUGCGCCCGGGCCAGGCGGUGACCGGCGUGCGCGGAAGUGCUCUCCGGAGCCUGGUGGGACUCGCAUCGCCUCCCGCAGCCUCCCUUGCUGAGGGCUCUUUGCAGGUUGCUGCAGUGAAUAACAAUGAGGAUUUUGACUGGAAUUUCUUGAGACUGUUUAAUGGGUGUGCUUACAGUGGCGUAGAAACUUUGGGGAAGGAGCUCUUUAUGUACUUUGGCCCAAAAGCUUUACGGAUUCAUUUUGGAUUGAAAGGCUCCAUCUUGAUUAAUCCACAUGAGUAUAAAAUCAAAAAUGGAGUUUCUCCUGUUUUUGAAUUGCAGCUCACCAAUGAUUUGAUUUGUUUCUUUGACUCUUCCAUAGAACUCAGGAACUCGAUAGAAAGCCAACAGAGAAUAAGAGUGAUGGAGGGAUUGGAUGUGUGUUCACCUAAGUUCAGUUUCUCAAGAGCAGAAAAUGAAGUUAAAAAGCAGAAAGAUCGGAUGCUGUGUGAUGUGUUAUUGGAUCAGAAAGUGUUGCCUGGUGUAGGGAACAUCAUCAAAAAUGAAGCUCUCUUUGACAGUGGUCUCCAUCCAGCUGUUAACGUGUGCCAGUUAUCAGACAAACAAACUCAUCACCUUGUGAAGAUGAUCCGUGAUUUCAGUAUUCUCUUUUACAGGUGCCAUAAAACAGGAUCUGCCAUCUCUAAGCACUAUAAGGUUUAUAAGCGUCCUAAUUGUGGUCAGUGCCACUGCAAAAUUACCAUGUGUCGCUUAGGGGAGAACAGCAGGAUGACAUAUUUCUGUCCUCAUUGUCAGAAAGAAAACCCUCAACAUGUUGACAUCUGCAAAUUGCCAACUAGAAAUACAAUCAUCAGCUGCACAUCUGGAAGAGGAGAACACCAUAUGGAUUUAGUGGCUCAGAAAUCUGAGGAGCAGUGGACCUGUGUGGUCUGCACCCUAAUAAACAGACCCUCUGCCAAGGCGUGUGAUGCUUGCUUGACCUCAAGGCCUGCUGAUUCGGUGCCCAAGAGUGAAGAAAAUUCUAUUGCCCUUUACAACUUAGUGAAAUACCCUUGUAAUAACUUUGAGAACAUACACACAGAAGUGAAGAUCAACAGAAAAACUGUGUUUGGAAAUACGACCCUGGUCUUGACUGAUUUCAGCAAUAAAUCUAGUACUUUGGCCAGAAAAAAAAGCCAAAACCAGAUAAUAGAUGGGGAAUUUCAAAACUUUCUUCCUACAAACCUGUGUUUUAGUGAUACACAACACCCCUCCAACGAGAGAACAAACUUUACAACUCCACUAUCCAACAAAGUAAACAUAUCCCCUACAGUUUGCUCUCAGUCUACAUUAUUUAGUUCACCACAUAAAAAAUUGAAAACAGCCCACUACUCAGCAGCAGACCUCAAAAGCAGUGACUCUGAGUUUCCUAACAGUGAACUCCAGACUAUGCCAGAUGACUCUUGUUCCUUAAAUGCUGGCAAUCCUCGGUGCAGGAAACACAACCGUCUUUGUGCUCUCCGAGUUGUGAGGAAGGAAGGUGAGAACAAGGGGAGGCAAUUUUAUGCCUGUCCUCUACCCAGAGAAGCACAAUGUGAAUUUUUUAAGUGGGCAGACCUGUCCUUCCCAUUCUGCAAACAUGGCAAGCGCUCCAUCAUGAGAACAGUGCUGAAGACUGGACCUAAUAAUGGAAAGAAAUUUUUUGUGUGUCCUUUUGAGAAAGAAAAACAAUGUAAUUUUUUCCAGUGGGCAGAAAAUGGGCCGGGAAUUAAAAUUAUUCCAGGAUGCUAAUGUUUUCUCUUUUUAAAGACUAUCCAGCAUAUAAACUCUUCAAACUUUUCACAAUAUUUAAUCUCCUUUAUUUAACAGAAAAACUAUAGAAUACUUACGGAACAUGUAAAUUAACAUACUAUAGUAUUUGAAAACCAUUCUUUUGUUAAAUGUGAGUUAUCUUUUUCUUUUAUCAUAAUGAAUGUACUAUAUUUCACUCUGGAUGGUACAUCUCAUUUAAAAUGUGUAUUUAAUUCAUGUAGCAUU